UGAGACAUGAAGAAAGAGAGCCCCGAGCUGCCCGAGCCGCUAGGGCAGGAAGUGUGAGGAAAGCGUCUGGCAGCUGAGGAAGUCACGCUAGCGUCACAUCCCUGCAACCUUACGCGAGCAUUUUGGUAAGUCGCGCUCUGGGAAGUAUGACACCCGAGCAAUUCACACACCAUGGCGCCGAUGCCUUCAGCGCUCAAAUUUGAGCUGCUGGGGAAAUGCUCGGUGACUAAAGCGCGCGCAGCAACGUUGCAUCUGCCCCACGGACCCGUACCCCUCCCCAUCUUCAUGCCUGUCGCAACGCAGGCAUCUUUGAAGGGCCUCACACCAGAUCAACUCGAGGAUCAGGGCUGUCGACUAUGUUUGAAUAACACAUACCACCUAGGCCUUAAACCUGGACAGGCAACAUUGGAUGCCAUAGGCGGCGCGCACAAGUUGCAGUCAUGGCCUCAUAAUAUACUCACAGAUAGUGGUGGCUUCCAGAUGGUGUCGCUGCUCAAGCUUGCCAAAGUCACCGAAGAAGGUGUACGAUUCCUCAGCCCCCACGACGGGUCGCCUAUGCUGCUUACCCCCGAACACUCCAUGUCGCUGCAAAACUCGAUUGGUUCGGACAUCAUGAUGCAGCUCGACGACGUAAUCGUAACAACCUCGCCCGAUCUUGAGCGUAUGAAGGAGGCCAUGGAGCGCUCGGUGCGCUGGCUCGAUCGCUGCAUACAGGCUCAUAAAUACCCAGAGCGCCAGAACCUGUUCUGCAUCAUACAGGGUGGCUUAGAUCUGGAUCUGCGGCGGCAGUGCACCGCUGAGAUGGUCGCCAGGGAUACACCAGGCAUUGCCAUUGGCGGUCUGUCCGGUGGAGAAGCGAAGAGCGACUAUUGUAAGGUGGUGGACACCUGCACUGGACUGCUACCAGAGAAGAAGCCACGAUAUGUCAUGGGCAUUGGCUAUCCUGAAGACCUGGUGGUGUCAGUAGCUCUUGGUGCAGAUAUGUUUGACUGCGUUUGGCCUACUAGAACUGCUCGCUUCGGCAACGCAAUCACCGCCGGCGGUAUGCUCAACCUUCGCAACGUUAACUUCUCGGAAGACUUCGGACCCAUUGAGCAAGGCUGCAAAUGUACCUGCUGCCGGCCAACAUCCGAAGGCGGAUUGGGUAUCACACGAGCCUACGUAUACCAUGUGACAGCAAAGGAGACCGCUGGAGCACAUCUCUUGACUAUGCAUAACGUGCACUACCAGCUCAACCUGAUGAGGCUGGUGAGAGAAGCUAUUUUGGAGGACAGAUACCCACAGUUCCUGAAGGACUUCUUCAGCAAGCUGUACAGCGGUAAGAAAGAGAAGUACCCUGAGUGGUCCGUUGAGGCACUGAAGGGUGUUGGCGUGGAUCUUUUGAGCGACUGAACACGCUUCCAGUGGCAGUCAACAGUUUGUUCUUUGCAUAGAUCUCUAGACGACAAUAUAGACACCAU